AUGAAUCGCACGCUGGUCGAGUGUGCGCGUUGCAUGAUGGAACACGCUGGACUGGGAAAGAGCUACUGGGGUGAAGCAGUGAUGACGGCGAUGUUUCUUCGAAACCGCUGUCCAACACGUGCCAUUCACCAAGACAAGUCUCCAUAUCAAGUGUGGACGAUGAAGAAACCGAUUCUGGCCAACCUUAAAGUGUUUGGAUGCCACGCGUAUGUUCAAGUGCCUCAAGACAAACGCGCGAAGUUCGACUCCAAGUCAUCACUCUGUCGUUUCCUGGGAUACGCCGAACACCAGAAGUCAUAUCGAUUUGAGGAAGUGUCAACAGGAGCGAUCAAGAUCAGUCGCGAUGUGUUGAAAAGACAGCGGCUGUGA